UUAAGUUUAUGGGACAGGAGGAGAAUACAGAGCUAAGGGAUAAACUAGAGAAUCUAGAAGAUGAUAUUCAAGAUCAGGAGAUUCGUAAAAAUGUGGCUGAUGAGAAACUCCAACUGCUGAACAAACUGCUUCAGGGGAUCAAGAAAGGGCUGGAAAAUCUCACAAAUAAACUAUAUGUUGGAGAAAUAGCCAACCCCCCUGCCUGCAAGAGCAGCAUGGAGCAGAUGGGAUUGGUUGAGGAGAAGGUGCAGGUCCUGAUGGGUAGACUGGUCGGGAUCAUACUGUGGGAGAAGAAGGCGGAGAUGGAGGAUAAUCAGUUUACUCCUCAGGGUCUAGGAUUUAAACCUGAUGGACUAGUAGAGGAGGAGGAGAGGAAGAAGGAUGAGGAUUCAGGACCUGAGGAUGAAGAGGUUCCAACCCGAGGAUAUCUGAAGAGACAAAGCAAUCUCAUCCUCGACGCUAAAAGUAGGAGUAAGAAAGGAGGAAAGAGAAGAUAAGAAGAAACAAUAAAAAUAAACAAAGUAGAACCUCAAAAAUAGACUCCGCUGCUCCCCAGUAAAAUAAAACUUUCUUUCUGAACAUUAUUUUUGCUAAUUAGUUCUAUAAACAUUUUCCACAAAAUUAGUAAAGGCUAAACUUAUUCAAAAUAUAUUUCAUAUAAAAAG